AUGCCCCGCGUCACCACUUACCAAUCCGCUCCUGUUGUGGCGGCUGUCCCAUCAGUUUCUACCCCCUUCAACGCUGCUCCAGCUGUCUCCAGUGUCAUCUCCCGGAGGGUCCGAGUCGCCGCUGCUCCCUCGGCUGCCGCCGUCGUAACAAUUGCCCCUGCCGUGUCACGCAUCAGCACCUCCCAGUCGGCUUCCGUUGUCACAACCAACGCUGCCCCAGCUGUCACCAAGGUCCCCCGGUCUUCCCCAGCUACGGCAGCUGUGUCCGACGGCACUACCUACAAGUCGGCCUCAGCUCUAGCCACCGUCCCCCACGCUGCCCCAGUCACCACAUACGCCGCUGAUCCAGAUGUUGCGGCGCUUUACGCCUCCCAAGCUGUUCCCACCACCAACUUCCAGUACGCACGAGCUGUGGCCACCUUCCGUGCCUGCAUCAUCCUGACCCUGGCCUCCAGCGCCUUUGCUGGAUACGUUCACCGGCCGUACAGCCUUGGCAGCGACGCAGGCCUCGGGAGUCAUGUUGCCAUAAACAGCGGUGUUGGCCUCAGCAGCUACGGUCUUAGCAACGGAAUCGGCUACUCCGGCCUCACAGGCUUCGGUGUCGGCCACGGCCUGGCCUACGGACCAGCCGCCAGCUACGCCGUUGCUGCCCCAGCUAUUGGUCGUACAGCCUCUACUUACGGUGCUGCUCAAGGAGUAACCGUUGUUAACUCAGCCCCAGCUGUCACUAACUACGCCGCUGCUCCAGCCGUGUCCAGCUUCCCAACCUACCACUCUGCUCCAGCUGUCGCGACCUACGCUGCUCCAGAUGUCUCCCGUAUCAACUCACGGAGCGUUCGAGUCGCCCCUGCUGUCUCAGCUGCAGCCACCGCGACGACUGCCCCUGAAGUUUCACGCGGUAACGCCUCGAUGUCGGAUCCAGUUGCGACUGCUAGCGCUGCCCCAGCUGUCACCAAGGUCGUCCGGUCUGCCCCAGCUGUCGCCGCUAUUCCAGCUUUGUCCUACGUGACUACCUACAAGUCGCCCCCAUUUGCGGCCACCGCCAUCCACGCUGCCCCAUUAACCCCCUACUUUGCUGACCCACCUGUCGCUGCCAUUUACCCCCCUCCAUCUGUUGGUGCCACCAGCGUCCACUACGCACGAGCUGUGCCUACCAUCGCCCACGCUGCCCCAGUCACAACCUGCGCCGCUCAACCAGCUGUCGCUGCCAUUUACGCCCCCCCAGUGGUUGCCACCACGAACGUCCACUACGCACCAGCUGUGGCCACCGUUGGCUACACUGCACCUGCCUUCGCUGGCUACCAGGCCGCCCCAAUCUACGGCUACGGUCUUGGAAACCUCGGUUACGGCGCUGGCAACUACGGCCUCGGCCUCAGAGUUGUCUACGGCCGGAACUACGACUAUGGUCUUGGAAAUUCCUUCUACUACAACAACCUAUUCAGCAGGAAGAUGUAAAACAGUCCCCUCUUCACAAGAGAUGCUGCGUCGAAAAGAAAAAGAAGCGUAUCUUGAGCCUAGGCUCAUUUAUUUAGGUUGUUAAACA